AUGGCACGUAUCAGUCGAGAACAGCUGCACAAGUGGAUUGUACAGCACUACAUCAACGUAGCAAGCACACAAAAACAAAUCACCGUAAAUCAUUUUUUACAAGAAAGGAUUCCUCGUCAAACCAUCUACAGCAUCAUUAAGAAGUAUGAAGAAUCAGGCUAUGUUAGUGACAAGCCAAGAUCUGGUCGUCCAAAGAAAUUAUCUCGUGGACAAUUAACAAGACUCAAAGAUCAAUUGGUACCAACUAAUCGUGGAUUCUACACGUCUGAUAAACGUACUACAGCACCACAGAUCAAAUUUAAAAGAAUCCAGAAAUUUGAACCGAAAGUAUUAGUUUGGAUAGCAAUAUCGGAAAAAGGAAUUUCUACACCUUUUUUCUCAAAACAGAAGCAAGUUAUUGGCCAAAUCACUGAUUUAAACCAAUGUAUUGUAGCACCUUUAAUACCAUUCGCUACAAGUCAUCAUACCAAGGGAAAAUAUUUGGAUCAAAACGACGUGCAAUUCGUACAUAAAGAAUUGAAUCUUCAAAAUUGUCCUCAAGCACGUCCAAUCGAAACAUUGUGGCCAAUACUAAAGAAAAUGGUAUAUGAUGAAGGCUGGGAAGCUAAAACAAGUAAUCAAUUACGUAGGCGAAUUGCGAGAAAAUUGAAAGAAACUGAUAUUAAAAUUGUCCAACAAAUGUUUUUGAGCAUACGGAAACAGUUAAGAAAAAUUGCUGAUACUGGACCAUAUGAAGCUUGUUCUUCCUAA